AUGGGAUGGGGUAAUAUGUUGCUUUUCAUAUCAGUUGGUGCAGCAAAUAAAACAAUGCCUGACGAACGUACACGAAAGAUGUGGAUUGAAAUUGGUUUUCAAGUUGUUAAUGGUCUUCUUUUUAUAAUGAUUGUUGGUCAUACUCCAUGGCGAAUACGUGAUCUUUAUCAAUUUUAUAGUGAAAAACAUCGACCUGCACUUCUUCAGCGUCAUAAAUAUACAAAUAAUCUCAUAUUGCUUCAGUUUAUCCUUUGGAGUUUAAUAGUAAAUUCUAUAUUUCAAGUAGCUGUAGCUAUUUGUAUGUGGUCAAUGGAUAUGCACAAAAGACCUAUGUGGGCAGUAAGUAUCUUUGGUGGACUUAGCUUAGUUUCAGGUGUAUUUGCUGGUUUGGCACAAUUUAUAUUAGAAAGAAUAGCAAAAAACAAAGUAAAAAUGCAACAACAGUCCACUAGCGUUAUUUAA